AAAGAAUACAGGUUUCAGGCUUUUAUUUUGAUAGCGGUUUCCCGGAUGUGACGCAGUGUGGCGGUGGUGUCGGUGUGAGAGUACAGUCAUGAACACAAUGUAAUGUCAGUGUGUUAUUCAGCGUUAUAACACUCCGCUAUGAAGCGCGCGCUCAGUAACGCUCUGCUCCGCGCUGCUUUCUGCUCCAGAAGCUCCAGAGCGGCUCCAGUCCGCGGUUCCGUCCGCCAUCAGCACCGAGAUGUGUGUGACGUGGCAGUGGUGGGCGGUGGAAUUGUGGGAUUGGCUACAGCCAGAGAGCUCAUCCUGAGACACCCGAACCUCACAUUCACCCUGCUGGAGAAGGAGAGAGAGCUCGCACGGCACCAGUCGGGGCGUAACAGUGGGGUGAUCCACAGUGGUGUGUAUUACACUCCUGGUUCUCUGAAGGCUCGGCUGUGUGUGAGCGGAGCGGCUCUGGCCUACGACUAUCUCGACAAGAACAACAUCCCGUACAAGAAAUGUGGCAAACUGAUUGUAGCGGUGGACAGAGAGGAGGUUCCGCGUCUGAAAGCUCUGUACGAACGCGGACAGAAGAACAACGUGAAAGACCUCACGCUGAUCAGCGCCAGAGAGAUCAGAGAGAGAGAACCUUACUGCAGGGGGAUCAUGGCUCUGGACUCGCCCCACACGGGGAUAGUGGACUGGCGAGUGGUGUGUUUAUCGUAUGCUGCAGAUUUCCAGCAGGCCGGAGGCUCCAUCAGAACCUCGUUCACCGUCUCAGACAUCAAACCUGCAGCACAGAGUCCUCCUCAGAGCUCUGACGGUCUGCAAUAUCCAAUUAUCAUCAGGAGCUCAAAGGGUGAGGAGGUUCGCUGUCGGUUCGUGUUGACGUGCGGUGGUCUUUACUCCGAUCGUCUCUCGGAGAUCUCAGGCUGCAGCGCCGAGCCGCGCAUCGUACCCUUCAGAGGAGAUUACCUGGUGCUCAAACCUGAGAAGAACUACCUCAUCAAGGGCAACAUCUACCCUGUCCCAGAUCCUCGGUUCCCGUUCCUCGGCGUUCACUUCACCCCCCGUAUGGACGGUAGUGUGUGGCUCGGACCGAACGCUGUGCUGGCGUUUAAACGUGAGGGAUACACACCGACCGACUUCAACACACACGACCUCGCAGACGCACUCGCCUUCAGGGGUCUGCAGAAGCUGGUGAUGAAGAACGUGUGGUUUGGUGUAGGUGAGAUGUACAGAGGGAUGUUUAUCAGUGCGCAGGUGAAACUCCUGCAGAAGUACGUACCUGAACUCCAGCCAAGCGACGUGGUCAGGGGUCCAUCAGGAGUGCGUGCUCAGGCUUUGGAUCGUGACGGUAACCUGGUGGACGACUUUGUGUUCGACGGUGGUGUGGGAGAGCUCGGCAGCCGAGUGCUACACGUACGGAACGCCCCGUCGCCCGCGGCAACCUCCUCCCUCGCCAUCGGCAUGGCGAUCGCUGACGAGCUGGAGGCUCGGUUUGCUCUGUAGACACGCCCACGGUUGUUUGAUGUGUCUGAGGGAAUUUCAGAGAGAUGUGUGUGUGAUACUAGAAAGCUUCACCUUCUGUUCACCUUCGUGGUGAUGUCAUCACUCUGCGCCACUCUGCUCCGCCCCUGAUGACACCAGUGACACACAUGACCCUGCUUAGACCUCAUGAAAGAUCAGACUGUCAUUAACACGGUUAUUACAGUGAGCCGUGCGGGCGCUGUGCACACACCGUGUUUAUAAUGUUAUAAAAGUCUGAUUAAAUAUCAUGAUCCGUCAUUUUGUACAUCAGCGGUUUUGAUCCUGUGUGUGUGAACGUACUGACAGUGAACUGUAAUGUAGGUGCUGUUUUAAUCAUUACAUUUAUACUAAGUUUUUAUAGAUUUGAGUGGAGAAAUGAUUGUACCGACUGUGCUGAUGAAUAAAUCUAUAUUUUUGCCAAGGUUUCAUAAA